AAUACAGUAGCGAUCUACCAUAGUGCACUGCGAAGUGUCUAAAAUAACCGGUGGUUGGUGAUAGACCGUGAAUAAGACUGGAUUUAGGAGAGAAUGAGUGACUUUGAGUCCUCUGAGGCGCUACAGGCUCGGUUAGAGAAUCUUAAUCAACUGACUGAGUUUAGCCAAAACUGUCGGACACAACUGACAGAGCUGUUCGGGGUUCUGGGAUGGAGUUGGGAGAACCAUUCAUCACAGGAUCAGAUGGAGGUGUGCCCCUGUGACCCAAACCACACGGUUCCGUGUAGGAGCAUGGAGAAUCACAAAACGUCUUGUCUGCUCAGCCAGUUAGGAUACUCCAAAGAAGAGCAGGCAGGGAUGUAUGAUCCAUCGUUUUGCUAUGAGAAGGCCAAUAUUCCCAGCAUAAAAUUGGAUAAACAUACACAGCAUCAGGUAAUUCUGCAGGCCCAGGCGAGUGCACCUCCUUUUCAGUCGACAGGAACCUACUGCCAAAAGGAUUACUCCACUGAGCCUGCAGAGGUGCCUCAGAACCACAAGCGAGCAAUAUGUGACCUCACAGUGGCUGACCGAUUGGCUCUGUAUGAUCAUGUGAUACAGGAGGCCUUACAGCAGAGUGCAAAAACAUCCAACAAUGAGGAUCUUUAUGUGGAUCUUGUGUCCAAGCUUAACAAAGAUGAGGAGAAAAGUGGCCCCAAGUCUCACCUCGAGGUCUUGGCUGAGAUGAGGGAUUACAGGAGACGCCGUCAGUCAUACAGAGCAAAAAACGUUCACAUCACCAAGAAGUCUUACACAGAGAUCAUUCGUGAAGUAAUUGAUGUCCACUCGGGGGAGCUGGCCAAGCUGUGGAGGGAGGACAGAGAGGAGGAGACCAAAAUUUCACAACACUCGCACCGGAGACUACCAGGUGAAGGCCGCUCUGCCUCUGUUGAGUCCCGUGAAUCUCACGUGAGCUCCAGAGAAGAAAACAGCUCUCACCACAGACGUCACCAAAAGCACAGCCAUGAGCGCAGCCAGGAGAGAGGCAGCAAAAGCAGAAGGAGGGAUUCCCAAUCCCCUGAGGAAAGACGUCAUAAGAAAAAGAAGAAAAAUAAGUCAUGACUGGUUUACUUCUGAUUAAGUCAAAAAAUGAGCAUGUGAUAACUUAUGUGAAGAAAUCAGGAAAGUUAAAUCUACCAUCAUGAUGCAUCAUUUUAUCAGAUUAUAAACUUUUUGUUCUUUUACCAUAUUCAGUGUGUACAAUUGAAUUAAAGGAUAUGUGAAU